AUGAAUCCAGAUAUACACAGCAUUACAGAAAGGAUGAUUGAUAGUAGAAACAUUCUUUUAUAUAGUCUAUUAGGUUCAUUAAAAGAUUUAAAAGAAAUUAGUUCAACCGCAACAAAUGAAUAUUCAAUUUUACCUUCAGUUACAUUUGAAUUAAUUAUGCAAUCUCGUUUUUUAGGUAAUCUUGAUAGUCUUAGACGAAUGAGUAUUAAAGCUAGAAUUCCAGUUGUUUUUCCCAAUUUAAAAUCAAUUAGAUUAACUUUUAAUGAAAUAAGGAAUUCUACACUUCAUGAAAUGGUUAAAUCUGUCAUAACUAAAUUAGAAACAAACAUUGCUAAAUUAAAUAUUGAUAUUAAUGCUGGUAUUGGUAAUAGUGGUAAAAAAGAUGAUGCAGAAGUUAAAUUUACAAGUAUCCUACUUAAAUUAUAG